AUGGGUGGUGCUAAUCGCGAAGGUGGCAAGCAGAAGCCUUUGAAGGCGGCCAAGAAGGCCAACAAGGAACUCGACGAGGACGACCUGGCCUUCCUGGAGAAGAAGCGCGCUGAGGAGAAGGCUCGCAAGGACAUGGCCAGCAAGGCCGGCGGCAAGGGCCCUCUGAACACCGGAUCGCAAGGCAUCAAGAAGAGCGGAAAGAAAUGA